GUUUGAAUGUAGCUAGAGCUGCAGAUUCAGAGAGGAGGAGGCUGAGCAAGGUACAGGCUGUGUCCAGGAACAAACUGUAUCACUGCCGGUCAGGAGGGACUGCUGUCUAGGAACUGGUCUGUGCCACAGUAGUACUUGCAGCUGAUAAUAUGGGAUCCUCAGAGUCCAAAGUGCAAGUGACCCCAUUACGCCCCCUUCGCAAUCGUCACUUGUGUAAUGUGACCGAUCCUCGCUCCCCGACAGCUGGGAUACCAAGGACACCAAUUGAGGUUGGAGAUUCACCACGAACCACCCCAAAGUUGGCCCAGGAGGAAGAGAGCCAGGAAGAGCCAAUCACGGUUUCUGAUCCACGCUCCCCAACCCAUGGAAUAACCCGCACUCCCCUGAGACCACUUUUACAUGAUACCUUGAAUCUGUUGGCGAAGCAACUGAGUGAGGUGUUUGUAGUGGAGGAUUCUGGGACUGAAGUUAGCCCUUCACUGGAUACCGAUCUUCCAUCUGAGACACAAGAUGAACAAAUGCCUACUGAUCUGGAGGGUGCCAUUCAGGAGACCCAGGAGGAACUGGUUGACGGUCCAGCUGUGGAGCACGUGGCAGAACCACAGCCUGCCCCAGUAGAGGAGCAACCACAGAAACCCAGAGGCAAAUCUCCACAUGCUUCAGCUGCAAAAAAUGUCAGACAGCGUCCCAGGAAAGCCCUGCAUACGUCUGCAACUGGUCGAUCUCCAUUUAAAAUAUUACAGGAGGACAACUCGCCCAACACUACUGCUCAACACAGACAGGUUAAGAAACUCUCCAUGCAGCAGAAUGAGCAAUCCCCAUCACUCAGAGCUUUAAAGAUCUCGCACAACAGCUGGGAAAUGACCCAAAACAAAGAAAAUGCUCAGUAUGGGCAUAGUGAGGGCUGAGAGGACCGGGUGCAGCAUCUUUGUAUGUAAAUGUAAUUACAGAUUGUGCUGCUGUGUAUAUAAAUAUCGUGCACUACACAUGUAAAUACUUCAGCUACUGUGUGUCAAUUUCCAUGUUUUGGACAAUAAAUAAAUUGGAUUUUA